AUGGCUGAAAGCACGCGGGCAGCUGCUUCGAAGGCUCAACAGGAAGCUGUUUUGAAGCAAUUAGAAGACCACAACCAUGCUAUUAAUAGCAUUCACGAAAGGCUCGAUCAAUUUUCUGAUAUGUUGAAGUCAUUGGUUGAGUUUCAGCAAGUUAACUCUCGCAGGGAGGAGAACCAUGAAGAAACUUCGUUUGGUAGGCGUUUGAAUCAAGAGGAGAGGUUUCCAAGGGGCAUUAGACUCGACUUUCCCCAUUUUGAUGGCUCUAAUCCAGGAGCAUGGAUUUUUAAAGUAACACAAUACUUUGAAUAUCAUCAAGUUUCGAUGAAUCAGAGACUUUUAAUGGCUUCAUAUCAUAUGGAGGGUGAGGCCCUCGUAUGGUACCAAGAUGCAGUGGAUGGGGGUAUCUUUACAACGUGGGAAUCCUUUGUAAAAGCCUUGCUGGUCAGGUUUGGUACUACAGCCUAUGAUGAUCCUAUGGAGUCCUUAACACGAUUGAAACAAGUAUCUUCUGUGGCUAGUUACAAAGCACAGUUUGAAGCCUUGUCCAAUAGGCUGAAGGGGUUGUCAGAAAAGCAUAAACUAAGCUGUUUCAUGAGUGGCCUUAAAGAUGAAGUUCGACUUCCUGUAAAAAUGCUUAACCCUAUAAAUCUUAAUGCUGCCUUCGGUCUUGCUAAGAUUCAGGAAGAAUAUGUUUUGGCAUCAAGGAGGUCUUGGAAAAACAACACAGCACUGCCUGUUAAGAGCCAUGGGGAAAGUGUGGAUGAUAGUUCCAAGUUUCAGAAGCAUGGGGUGCCAACAAGGAGAGUUUUUUCUUCACAAAUGGAUGAGAAGAGGAAGAAACGCCUCUGUUAUCAUUGUGAAGAAAAAUGGAAUCCCAGUCACGUGUGCAAGAAUCCCAGAGUUUAUUUGAUCCAAGCGGAGGAGGAUAAAAUCCAGCCUGUUAUUGAAGAAUCAAUGAUCAUAGAAGAGGGAGAGGUAUCGGGUGAUGCUGAGGACUCUUUAGAAGUUUCUGUUAAUGCUAUUUCUGGUUGCAGUAAUGGAAAUGCUAUGAAGUUGCAUGGCAAGAUUGGCCCUUGUUCAGUUGAAAUUCUUAUAGAUUCUGGAAGCACACAUAAUUUUUUGGAUCCUAUGGUGGUCCAAGAAGCUAAGUUGAAGGUCAGAAAAGACUACAGCUUGCAAGUAAGGGUCGCCAAUGGUGAUAAAAUUUUGAGCCAGGGAAGGGGUGAAGAACUAAUCAAGAUUCAAGGUUCGAAGUUCUCUGUUCCUUUUCAUGUAUUAACAUUGGGAGGAUGUGAUAUCGUUCUUGGAGUUCAAUGGUUAAAAACCUUAGGCAACAUUACUUGGAACUUUAUUGAUAUGUCAAUGAGUUUUGAGUGGAAUGACCAGAUGGUUAAGUUGCAAGGAUUGACUGCUGCAAGUGUUCACAUGUUGUCAGGAACUAUGGCAAUUAAAUCAGAUUUUAUAAGUCAACAAGCAUGGUUGUUACAGUUAAGGCCUGUGGAGCAACCACAUAAUGAAGUAUGUUCUGGAGGACCAAUGGCUGAGUUGCUUGAAGGAUUCCAGGAUGUGUUUGCUGAACCUGUUGGAUUGCCACCAAAAAGAGAGUUUGAUCACUCAAUCAACCUGAAGGAUGGGGCUUCUCCUGUUAUAGUUCGACCUUACAGGUAUCCUCAUUACCAGAAAUCCGAGAUAGAACAAAUUGUACAUGAAUUGUUGCAAACUGGUGUAGUAAGACCCAGCCAAAGCCCUUUUUCUUCACCAGUGUUAUUGGUUAAGAAGGCUGAUGCAUCUUGA